CUUGAGGAUAAAGGCCCCGAAGCGCCGGACAGACAGGCAGUUUGUCAGCUGGGAUGCUGAAGAGGAAAGCGUGGUAAGUUCUCUGGGAAAUGCAUGGAGGGUAAUUCAGCUGUCGUUUGGAUGUUGAUAUGUAAAGCAAAAUGGCAAAAAUCAACACCCAGCACUCCUACCCUGGUAUGCACAGGCUGUCUGUCAGAACUACUGAUGAGGAUGUUGCCAGGAUUGAAAAUGGCUGCAUCAGAACCCAUUCACUGUGUGAGGAUGUGUCUUCAGAACUGCAGAGAGUCAUUUCUGUGGGGGGAAGACAUGCAUCUGAGUCCCGGACGAGCUCAUUCGCAGGCAGGGGAGCAAUGGCAAGGCUAUCACGAUUUGUUGUAUCUGUGAGGUCAUGGGCUACAAGACAUAUGCACCAUGAAGACCAAAGACCUGAUGCUUUCUUAGAACGUAUCCGAGGGCCAGAGUUCAUAGAGGUGUCCACUCGGCAAAGUAAUAUCCGUGCCUUUCUGGGCAUCCGUGAACAGCCUGGGGGAGUAAACGGGAAGAAAAAAGAAAUCUUUGUGAUAGAUCCUUCAAGCAAUAUUUACUACAACUGGCUGACCAUAAUUGCAGCACCCGUGUUCUAUAACUGGUGUAUGCUGGUGUGCAGAGCCUGCUUUGAUGAGCUACAAGAGGACCAUAUUAAAUUAUGGCUGUUCUUGGAUUAUGGCUCUGAUAUAAUUUAUAUUUUUGACACAUUUGUGAGAUUCAGAACAGGCUUCCUUGAACAAGGCUUGCUAGUUCAGGAUGAAAAGAAAUUGCGAGAUCACUAUACCAAAACUUUGCAGUUCAAACUGGAUGUGCUGUCUGUUGUGCCAACAGACGUGGCAUACCUGAAGGUUGGUUUGAACUACCCUGAGCUGCGAUUUAACCGCUUGCUGAGGAUUUCUCGGCUCUUUGAGUUUUUUGACCGUACUGAAACCAGGACAAAUUAUCCCAAUAUGUUCCGUAUUGGAAACCUUGUCUUAUACAUUCUUAUCAUCAUCCACUGGAAUGCAUGUAUAUACUUUGCAAUUUCAAAGCUCAUCGGAUUUGGAACUGACUCUUGGGUCUACCCCAAUGUGUCCAUCCCAGAGUACGGGCGCCUGUCUAGAAAGUACAUUUACAGUCUGUACUGGUCAACACUCACGCUGACAACCAUCGGAGAAACACCUCCCCCGGUCAAAGAUGAAGAGUAUCUCUUUGUGGUCAUUGACUUCCUGGUGGGUGUCCUGAUCUUUGCUACCAUUGUCGGUAACGUGGGCUCCAUGAUUUCCAACAUGAAUGCCUCCAGAGCAGAGUUCCAGGCCAAAGUGGAUUCCAUUAAACAGUACAUGCAUUUCCGAAAAGUGACGAAGGAUUUGGAAGCCAGAGUUAUUAAGUGGUUCGAUUACCUCUGGACCAACAAGAAAACAGUGGAUGAGAAGGAAGUUCUCAAAAAUCUGCCUGACAAGUUGAAGGCUGAAAUCGCCAUCAAUGUCCAUUUGGAUACACUGAAGAAAGUGCGUAUAUUCCAGGAUUGUGAAGCUGGACUUCUCAUUGAGCUGGUGCUGAAAUUGAAACCUACAGUCUUCAGUCCUGGGGACUACAUUUGCAAAAAGGGAGAUAUUGGGAGAGAAAUGUACAUUAUUAAAGAGGGAAAAUUGGCUGUGGUGGCAGAUGAUGGCAUAACUCAGUUUGUAGUCCUAAGUGAUGGCAGCUACUUCGGUGAAAUCAGCAUCCUAAACAUCAAAGGUAGCAAAUCUGGCAACAGGAGGACAGCCAACAUAAGGAGUAUUGGUUAUUCUGAUUUGUUCUGCUUGUCUAAAGACGAUUUAAUGGAAGCCCUCACAGAAUAUCCAGAAGCCAAAAAGGCUCUGGAAGAGAAAGGGCGACAGAUCCUGAUGAAAGACAAUUUAAUAGAUGAAGAAGCAGCAAAAGCAGGAGCUGACCCAAAAGACUUGGAAGAAAAAGUAGAAAAACUUGAAACAGCUCUGGAUACACUGCAGACCAGGUUUGCAAGGCUCUUAGCAGAAUACACCUCAUCUCAGCAAAAGGUGAAGCAGAGACUGGCCAGGGUAGAAACCCGAGUGAAAAAAUACGGUAGUGGCACCUUAUCGGUUGGAGAAGUGGGGGAUGAAAAACCUGAGGAGAAAAAGCAGUAACGGAGUAUUUGUACUUCCUCAUUUAUUCAGUGGAGAAAGUUGGAGCCUGUGAAAGCCAUAAAUGUAUGUAAAUAUGUGUGUGCAUACACAGACCUGAUUAUUUUUAUAUGAACUCAAGAGAGUGGGUUUCAGCAUUUUUAACCAAAGCAGUAUUUUCUUGUAAAUAGAACACUGCCAUCUUCUUAGGGGGACACUGGGUCUGGUAUUUGGGUACUUUUUUGUACUGGGAGUGGGUUUCUUAGAAGUCAUGCUCAGAAUGUUUACUGUGUGUGGUGUGUGUAGGUCUUGAUGCAUUGUCUCUUCCCAUCUCUGUUGUGUUAAGCAGGCGUUGUACUUAAAGCAAGAAGGGAUUGGGUUUUGUUACAGGCUUCAAAAAUAUUUAAAGGGUACAUAAAUAGCUGUACCUUGCUAUCUUAAUAGCUGAUCAAAUGCAUGGAUGCUCACCUGGGCUGCUCAAAAUCGUUGGCCUCUCACACUAAAGCAUCUGCAGAAGUGGUUGGACUACAGCUAAGCAGCAGCAUGUACCUGGCCUGUGCAUGUGUAUGAAACACCCGUGCACCCAGAUGCUUUAGUCUGGUUCUUUCUAAUGAGCUGGACUCCGCACAAAGGGCCAUGCUGACAGAGUAAGCAGUGCUCAUUCAUGUCCUUUCUGGCAUGGUCUGUGACAGCCUUUGCUGCUCUGCAACUGCUUUACUAAGGGGAGAGAGUGGAAGAUUCCCCCUCCACCUUUUUCAGCACAGCCCCCUCUCCACUGGUAAAACUCACAUGGAAGGGAGUCCUCAAAAGCUCACUGGUGGGAGGCAUCUGUAACAAUAUGGCUUCACUAAACCUGGGCAGAGAACAGAGGGCCCACGUGUGUGCAGCUCCUGUAUGGAGGGUCUUGAGUGAAUUCCGUCUCAGCUAGGGGUUGGUCCCAGAGGGAGGCUGCUGAGAACCUGCAUGGGCUGGCAGGACAGGCUGUCUCUCUCUGGCCUCCAGCCAGUUUCCUCCCCCGGAGUGUUUCUGUGAACAGGGAGAACAAACGCACUGUUCCAAAAUCAUUUUUGCCUCUAGGUCUAGGUUUUCUUCCUCUUUAUUUCAUUUAAGGAUGCCUAUUCCAGCUCCCUUCACUACUUACUGCCAGCUAUACUCUGAACUGCCAUGCUUCCAUUAGGGAGAACGAAGGGCACAUUUGCUGACAGGAGCCUAGUUGUGCUGGUUGCUUUUGUGCUCACUGCAGAGCAGCCAACAGUCUGGAUCUGAGGUGAAUACAUAGGUCCAGUCCACUCAGCCUGCUGCGACAUGCAGGGCAGAACAGGACUGAGGUUUCUCGCUCUAUCCCAUUGCAACCUCAGGAUUUACCUCGUACACAUCCCUCUUAGCCUCUCCUACCUUGCUACUUCCAGUUUCUUUCCAGGCUUCUCUCCCUCCCACUGAGAGGAUUUCUCUCAAUACUCUCUCCAUGGAAGAUACUGGCUGUCAUUUUUCUGUAUGGUAUUUUUCUGCCGUGUAGCUUUCUCUGCGUUACUUUCAUCCUCUGGUACCUCACUGACUUCAGAGACGUAUGGAGUAGCAGAGGCUGUUCAGCAUCUAUGCCUCGGAGGCUGCAUCCUCCAGCACCAUUAGGUAUUACUUAAUUUUUCACUGUGAGGGUGCUGAGGCCCUGGCACAGGUCACCCACAGAAGCUGUGGCUGCCCCAUCACUGCCAGUGUUCAAGGCCAGGUUGGACAAGGCUUGGAGCAACCUGGUCUAGUGCAAAGUGUCCCUGCCCAUGAUAGGGGGUUGAAACUGGAUGGGCUUUAAGGUCCAACCCAAACCAUUCUGUGAUUUUAUGAUUACCAUGGGCAGUGCUCUGCCUUUUAGUUGUCAUCAGUGGCUUAGGAGCCCUAACAGCAAAUGGGAAUAGGUGGUCUGUUAGAAAACUGGUGAGAAACCCCCAGAGAAAAGGGUGGGUUACACAGGUGAUAGUGAAAUGAAGAGAGACCUUGCUCUGGUGAGUACAGGUGCUCAGAGUAGGCACUCGUCUCUGGGCAGGCAGCUGUCCCUCUCCUGUUGAUACUUUUGGGCCUGGUGAGAGACAAAUCUGACAUGACUGAGGAACACUGGACACUGCCAAAGGGACCACCAGGUAGUAGAUGUCCAUGCACAGCCCAUAUCUAAACUGUUAUCAUCAGCCUAGAAGCCAACUAGACUUAGGGAUCUACUGCAGGCUGGGCUUAACCUCUGUUAUCAAAGUUUCUGCUGAUUGCAACAAGGGCUUUGGAAAGUAGCUGAGACCUACCUCUGGCCAGUGGAGUCUGGGAGUCCUUCAGCUGAAUCUUGUCCUUAUUUUCAUCACGGCUGCAUGGUUCUGAGUUGCCAGCUGGGCUUAAACCACAACACAGGGGCUUGAGACAAGUAGGAGAGGUAAGAGAGGUGCUUUUGGCAGGGGUUUGUGUGCCUUCCUCACCCCACACUGAGGAAGGCAGGGUUGGUACUGUAAGCACAGAUAGUCACAGGCUGCUGAACUUGCAGCUCUCCCCUUGUAACAGGCAGGUACCACAUGCGCCCGUGGCUGAUGUUCACUGUCUUGCUACUCAAAUGCCAUGUCUGGUAGGGUUUCCUACUCACUGUCAUGUUCUACAUCAGUCAUCAUUCUCUGUAAAUAUCUACCUACCCAACAUCCUACAGCUGUUCCGGCCUGCUAGGAAUAUAGAGAUAGAACUGUUUAAAGUAUUACUUACACCAAAUUUAUACCUGUUAAAAACCCCCACAAACACAGAAACGCUUUGUCAUCUGAUGGAUCAGAACAGCUUAAUCUAUCCAUUAAAUAUGUGUUUGCUCUUCCCUUUUCUGUACUUGUCUGGUUUUCACAUGCCAGAAAAAGAGCUAUUUUGAUGUUAUUGGCUUCAGUCACUUGGAAACGUAUAGCUUCUGGCAUGAUGAAAUUGCAUCCUUGGACAUCUAUCAUCUCUGUAAGAUGCUUUUUCCGCUUCUUUAAUGUGGCAGCAUGUACAUUAAA